AUGGCAGAUGGAAAUGGCUUGCGGACUCAGCUUAUCUCGGAACAUGCAUCGAACGAAAGACGUGAAGAAGCCCGAGAUUGCUCUGUUCAUGCAGAACCAGUAGAUGACCCGGUGUCAGAAACAGCUAUACAAGAACCUACGCCGGCUUCUCUUUUAUCAGAAGAUACCCCAAGGGCAAUUUUUACCAAUCACUCCCAACUUUCUUCUACUUUCGCGAAUGCUUUUCGGCGUUCAUCGGCUUUCAGUCGAGAUUACGGCGACUCCACAGAGAUUGAAGAGAACCAAACCCGUCGAAAAAAGCACUUCGUUACCCAUGGCCUCGAAGAUCUCGGUCGAGUUGCAGGUUCUUCUUUCCAUCCUGAAGGUGUUGAUGGACAUGAGGAGGACUGGGAUCUCGAAGCCUACGACCAUGUUCCGCGCUUAAGCCCGCAGGCUUACUCGAUUCUCCAAACACAGUUUGAAAAGCUGAAUGCGGACACAGAUUACUGCAAAGCAUUCACGGAUAAGUCAUUUCCGUCUCAAGAGGCCAUUGGCGUAUACAUCCAAUCUCACUUCGAGCACUACCACCCUAUCUGGCCUUUGCUCCAUCAAAGAACUUUCGACCCAGAGCGUGUUCAUUGGAUACUCCUUCUCGCCGUUGCGGCGACAGGGUGCGGGUUUUCGAAAUUUGGCACACUAAGUGAUGUCUUCCUCUUGCAAGAGUUCCUGCGGCGCUCGAUCAACCUUUGUUUGGACCUUGAUCCUGAGCCGGAUGCGGCUUCAGAGUUGUGCUUGACACAAGCUGUACUACUGAGUCAAAUAGGUUUGAUGUUUUCUGGAAGCAUGUCUUUCGCCGAACACGCCCAAAGAAACAUGUCUUUACUCGCGACACUUUGCCGACGAGCAGGCUACUUCAGUGAAACUCAAUCACUCUCUGAAGAUAUUGUACCCCUGCCAGCCAAUUGGAAAAGAUGGAUUUGCGCGGAAAGUAAAAGAAGACUUGUACAUCUCUCAUGGCUAUUGGACGGUCAGCUGGGCUUGUUCUUUGACUUGCCUCCGACUAUACCUACGGAUCUCCUACUACUUCCACUGCCGUCUGACGAAGGACUUUGGGCAACAGAUUCUGCAGAAAUAUGGAUGCUUACUAACUGGCAAGACUUAGCCAAUGACAGCCUUCUUCGAGAGCACCUUGUUCACUUCCGGUGUGAUGGGAAGGUACCGAAAGGCUUGAGUAGCUUGAAUAGGCUGUUCCUUACUUUUGCCGUGUAUCGAGACUCCGCAAACAAUCAAGACGCUAUUCACCACCUUGAAGUCUUGCGUGGCGACGAAGACAUACAGCCGCCGACCGACAAAAUUGAAAGGAUCACACUUCAGCACAAUCACGCUUUCAGUCUCCUUCUCCAUAUGCCUCUACGCGUGCUCACUGCAUUUUCUGGCUGGGGUGUUAGCCCUCAAGUUAGAGAAGCUGCAGACCGGAGACUUUCUCUAUGGCUCCGCCAGAAUAAGGGAAAGGCGCGUGCGAUUGUUUAUCAUGCCGCCAAAUUGUUCUCGUAUAUUCGAAAUCAUCCAACUGGUGGUCACCAUGAGAAUAAUGCCUUGCUGUACGCCACACUCUCCAUGUGGAUUCACACUCUUUUCAACAGGCAUCAGACGAGCUCUCUCAGAACUCUUCGUCUUGAUAGAACAAAUCAUCAAGGGGCCUUGGUUCAAUGGCUUUCAGAGGACAAUGACUUCCGACUAUACGUGGCGGGCAUUGGAGAUCUGAAUAAUGAACGUGCAUCCGAUCGCUUGGUCCAAGAGAGUGUGCGGAUUUUGACUCGGAAGUCGGGCUGGUCUCUGGGUUUAGCUGUAAGCAUGGUCAUGAGGGCGCAAUGGAGAUCGAAUCGUGGAAUACGAUGA